AUGCUGCAAAAGCUCACAGAGUGUCACCGGCCGCUGCAGGUAGGUCUCAGGGAGCUCUUCAGCGAAAAUACGGUCGCCAAGAUUAUUCGGACUGCGUCACAGGAGCUCCAUAAAAACGAUCCUCCAACGCGCUAUCCGGAAACUGUCCCACAGUCUGGCCACGAAAUGGGAAACUACCAGUCUCGUAUAAUUGAUUUCUGGACAAGCGGCUUUCUUCCCGGAAGUGUUUACUCGUUGUUGGAGAGAGCGAUCAAAUACCCGCAGUCGCUGGAGCUGAACGGCCACAUCGCUGUCUCCAACCUGCGGAAUGUUCUCCAACAGUUGGGCCGCAGCUGGUCGCAGCCGCUGCGAAGCCAAGCACUAAGGACCGACACACACGAUUUGGGUUUCAUGAUUAUGCCACAUAUGAGACCGCGAUGGGAACUCUUCCACGACACCCAGGCACUCGAGGCGAUCAUUUCAGCAGCAGAGGGUCUGUACUCUAGGUUUCUCCCUGUUGUCGGUGCGGUCCGAUCUUGGGACGACCUUGACUGGCUGACAGACAUGGCCGUCGCAUCGAAAGAUAAUGACUUUUUAGUCAUCAUUGACUCCAUGUGUAACAUGGAGCUCUUGUUCUACGCAAGCGCGCAAUCAGGACAGACUCGAUUUGCCGCCGCUGCCGUGCAGCAUUCGCGGACUUUGCUCACAUCGCACCUAAGAGCCGAAAUUCAUACCAGGCCAGGGUACGACAGGACACUUUACAGCACCAAUCACCUCGUCAACUUUUGUCCUCACACUGGAGCCAUCAAACAGACGAACACAGCCCAAGGCUACAGCAAAAGCUCCACUUGGUCACGCGGUCAAGCCUGGGCGAUUCUUGGAUAUGCCCAGGCCUACCAGUAUUCCAAGGAACCCGAAUUCCUCGACGCUGCCUGUGGACUAUCAGAGUACUUCAUGCUGAGACUAGAAAACGCUCAGGCAAGCGUUGCGCGCGAGAUUGAGGGCGGCGGAACGCAGGGUAGAUAUGUGCCGCUUUGGGAUUUUGAUGCGCCCGUGGACUCGCAGUUUCCGCUGCGUGAUUCCUCGGCGGGCAUGAUUGCGGCCAACGGCAUGCUGAUCCUCUCAAUGACCUUAAACGGGCUGGGUAAAUCGUCGCUGGCAACUAGGUAUCUGGAAGCUGCGAUGGCAAUUGUCAAGGAUACCAUCAGCUUUUCGCUCGCGAAGGAAAAGGCUUGCAUCGCAGAGAACUGCAGCGCGUCUCUUGAGAUCGUGGAUUCUGAGCCUGAUAACCAUUUUGACGCCAUUCUCAAGCACGCUACUGUCUGUAACAACCCGUCCAGCAGCUCGAAGAGUAGGUCAUGGAACCAGGGACUAGUAUAUGGUGAUUACUACUUUGUCGAAUUCGGGACAAGUCUUUUACGGUACGGAUUAACGUAG